GGUCGCGCUUUGCCGGGCGACUGUGGUGUCAUGGCGGCCGCCAGCGCAGUCUGCCUUUCGUGGCUGAGGCGGAGGGCGAGCGCUUGCCGGGGUAGCGGCGCCAUGGGGCCCUGGCUGAGGGGUCCGGGCUGCCUCCGCCUGGCGCGGCUGGCUCGGGCUCGAGGCCUGUGGAGCUCUGCUGGAGGCCCCAAAGCGGUGUCUGUGGACGUGGGGGGCAGGUAAGGGAUAGGGAAGCAAAGGUGACUGGUUACCCUGCGCAUAAAAACCGGUGUGUUCCUUUCCUCUUCCUUUCCUCCAGGGCUUAAAACCUACCAGGGUUCAGCCUUGGAAUCCGUUCCCAAAGCCGCGCCUGACUCCUGGGGGUGUUUGAUGUUGCCUCUGGCCACGAGCAGAGUGUCUUUGCCCUCACCGCCUUGCAUAGUGAAGAAUCACAGAAUGGCAGGGUUGGAAGAGGCCUCCUUUGAAGAUAGGAUGGGUUGUAACAGUCUGCCUGCAGUUGGGAAUUUAUUUAUUUUUGUAAUCGUUUUUAUUAAUUUUCCAUUUUUCCAGUGUUGUAUCAUAACAAAUAAUUCACUACUUCAAGAGUUUCCCCUCCCCCCUCGGACUUCCCUCAACCUCCUUUUCUGGUUAAUUUUAAUAUAGUAUUAUUUCCUUCAUAUUUUCAUUCCAUUUGUUUUUAGCAUUUGAUCUUAUGUUGUUAUUUAGUCGUGUCUGACUCUUUGUGACCCCAUGGACCAGAGCACUCCUGUCCUCCACUGCCUCCCGCAGUUUGGUCAAACUCAUGCUGGUAGCUUCGACAACACUGUCCAGCCAUCUCACCCUCUGUUGUCCCCUUCUCCUUGUGCCCUCCAUCUUUCCCAGCAUCAGGGUCUUUUCCAGGGAGUCGUCUCUUCUCAUGAGGUGGCCAAAGUAUUGGAGCCUUAGCUUCAGGAUCUGUCCUUCCAGUGAGCACUCAGGGCUGAUUUCCUUCAGAAUGGAGAGGUUUGAUCUUCUUGCAGUCCAUGGGACUCUCAAGAGUCUCCUCCAGCACCAUAAUUCAAAAGCAUCAAUACUUCGGCGAUCAGCCUUCUUUAUGGUCCAGUUCUCACUUCCAUACAUCACUACUGGGAAAACCAUAGCUUUAACUAUAUGGACCUUUGUUGGCAAGAGGGUGACCUAGUCCAAACGAAUCUCAACGUGCAGUCAGCCCCCCCCCAUCCAAUUUGAAACCAUACCGGACACCGCUUAGCUUUGCAAAUGUGCUUGUGGUUUUGUUACUGCUGCACCACACCGCUAUACUUUUCCAUUUCUUUUCCAGAGAAGGAGCAGCCUUGAGUUUGGUGCAGUUUUAAUGUUUGUCCGCAUAGCUCUUUUGCCAUGUUUCAUGUUAUCCGCUCCCAGGGAUCACUUUGCAAUGUGGGGAGGGGAAAGAUGAAUUAAAAAAAAAUCAAGGUGGAAGCAGAAACAUGUUCCCACGCUGCUGUCACUUCUGAGCAGGUGCGGUAAAAAUCAUCAGUCCUGACUUAAAACGUGUAAAUAGGCAUCCAAACAAGAUUGAUGAAAAGGCAUGUGUUCAAAGGUCGCAAGCACUUAGUUGUUAACAUGAGCUGGUAAUGUUUAUUUCAUUUUUUAUAUCUGCUUUUAUAUCUGCAAGAUAUAUAUGUAUAUAAAUAUGAGCAAAACUUGUGUAGAGAGACUCUUUCCUCACAGCUGACCAGCUUCAGUUUUAUAGUAAAGUGAAAGUUUUUCUAAACAUGUGUGGGGUGCCUUUUUUCAUACCUUCUACCUACAGCAUUAUGAAAGUAUGAAAGCACCUACAGGCAUUUGCAGGGUGUGUUUGCCUGUCAGCUGAAUAAUGCAGCCCCUUGCCGCACAGAUCUAAGAGAAAUAUAAAAUUUCACAUAGUGAAACUUUUCUUUAAUUUCCUUUCUUCAGAAAACUAGAAAUCUCUUCUGGAAAAUUAGCCCGAUUCGCUGACGGAUGUGCUGUAGUACAGGUAGAAAAUUAUUCAAUAACCAUAUACCAUUGAAAUAUGUUUCAGUUGUUUGAUACAUUUUGCCUAUCUUUCCAGAAAUAUAGCAAAUAUAGAGAUUGAUAUCUCAUUGCUCUGUACUGAAGAAGUGUGCCUAAUACCUUUCUCCCCCUCUUUAAAAAAUAAUUAAGCUAGGUGAUACAUCAGUGAUGGUGACAGCGGUCAGUAAAACGAAGCCUUCUCCGUCUCAGUUCAUGCCUUUGGUGGUGAGUAGCACUGAAGUAUUUAACAUAAUGCAUAGCUCUGCAUAAAAUUAUACUAGUUUGUUAUAAUGCAAAUAUCUUGCAAAGAACCAAGUUAAAACAUUUCUAGACAAAAGCCUAUAAAAUUAUUUCAUUGUUCUGGGUGAAUCAGAUAAACUGGAUUGGUAUCUUGUGAUUUUCUACAGUGUCCUGUGCUUAAUAAAAUAAAAGGGAACAAUAAUAUUGUCUCUUAUGUAAGGUUGACUAUCGACAAAAAGCUGCUGCAGCAGGAAGAAUUCCUACCAAUUAUCUGAGAAGAGAACUGAGCUCUACCGAUAAAGAAAUUCUUACAAGCAGAGUAAUAGGUAUGUACUAUAAGUCUGAGCUGUGUUCUAUUAUAACUAUUGCAAUAAUUUCUUGGAAAUUUGAAAAGGGGGACUUUGUUUUUAAAGCCUUUCCCCAUGAUGCAGUAGUUUCUUGAUAUAUUUAGAGAAAAUUGUGCCUUAAGUGCUACUUACCUUGGGAUGACAUAAACCUGAUCCUGAGCAUUCUAACCUGGACGCAAAUCUCAUUGAUUUCAGUAGACUGGCUUCCAGGGUAAUUGAGCCUUGCAUGCAUUUCUUCCAUGGAAACCAAUGAUACUAAUUUCUUGGCUGGAUACGAUCUUCAUGUUUGCCUGGAUCCCAGGACAUGGUCUUUGGGAGACAGUCCUGUUUUGCAUCAGGGGACUGGCUUAACCGGUUUUAUGUCCCCAUCUGCUGCAGUAUGAAUAGCUUGUGAAAACAAUUACCGUAUUUUUCGCUCUAUAGGGCGCACCGGACCAUAGGGCGCACCUAGUUUUUUGGGGGGGAAUAAAGGGGGGGGAUUAUUCCCCCCCCCCAGCCCCAAAGAGCAAAGAAGCCAAAUCUUGGCUUUCUCUUUAGCUCCCGGAGCUUGCCGGGCUGGGGGAGGGGGAAGCCCGAGCUUCCCCCAGAACGGGAGCGGGGGCGAGGUUGCGUGCAACCUCGCCUUAGCUCCCAGAGCUUGCUGCUAUCCACAAGCCUUCUGAGCCCGGCGGGAACUCCCGCGGGCUCCCCAGGCUUGCGGAUAGCUUCCUGAAGCCUGGAAAGUGAGAGGGGUCGGUGCGUACCGACCCCUCUCGCUCUCCAGGCUUUAGCAAAAGCCUGCAUUCGCUCCAUAGGACGCACACAUAUUUACCCUUCAUUUUUGGAGGGGGAAAAGUGCGUCCUAUAGAGCGAAAAAUAUGGUAAACAUUGAGAGGGAGGGAGGGGGAGAGAGAGAGAUGACCUUAAGCAUUUAAUACUGUUUUACAGAUCGGUCCAUUAGACCACUCUUUCCAGCAGGCUACUAUUAUGAUACACAGGUAAGUUACUUUGAUCACUUCUUACUUCUAGCCUAGUUCCUAGUGUGAUGUUAGUGCGAUACCACUAUUAAAUAGCUGCUUUGUAUGUUGCUACUAAAUAAAUGUGGGAAAUAUCACUCUGGGUUGGAUCCAGAGUUCUUUUGAGUGGAACUUCAUUCAUGAGAUCCUCCCGCUGGAAGAAGAGAGGAAGGCAACCUCUGCCGAUUCCUCCGUCUCUCUGGCCCCGUGGAAAACUCCCUAACAAGCAGUGCGGGAGGGGGUGUUAGGGGCUGCAUGAGGUAGUUAAUGUCACUCGCCUUACCUUGCUUCCUCCAACAGAAGAGUUGCUGAGUUUCAGUGUUUUCCAUGAAUGGAAGGAGCCCUUCUGUACAUGGAAGGGAUGCUGUGGAUCCAGUUAGCCGUCCUGCGAUAGGCGGCACUGUUGAAAUAGUCAGUUGCCUUCUCUUUCUACAGUAUAUUAGAAAAUAAUUGAUGAGAAACAUAGGGGACCCAAAAGGUAUUUAUUAAAUGAAAUAUCUUAAAACUUUGGUUCUGGAAAAAUCCCUCUCCUAAAUUUUUAAACAAGGCAAAAAUGAAUAACAUCACUAUUGGGCAACAAAACAUUAACGAUCCAAAAAGCAAGCAGCAAUAAUAAAUAAUCAGCAGGGCAUUAAGGGGACGCAACCCCACGAUACGUUGGGUAAACCUGACAGAUAGGAACCUCUGUUUGUUUUUUAAAUGAAAAGUUUUUCAUGGGGGAAUUAAAAGAACAUAAAGAAGGUCUUCCUGACCCAUCUUUGUUGAGAGAACAAAUCCAAAACUGGAACCCUAAUGUCAUUCAGAGUGUGUGUGGAAGAACACAUGUAAGGCGAUAGUCCUUACCUAAGUGUUACUGAUGAUCUUUAUAUUUGUAGAGAAAUAUAUUUAUUCAACUUCCAUAGGUGCACAGUCUAUAACGGGUAAUACCCAGCUAAUUGGUACUCUAUGAGUAGACCACAUUUAAGUAUUUUAACUCCAUUGAUUUAAUUUGUUCUACUCUGAAUAUGCCUAACUUUGAUUGUCACCCAACACCUUGAAUAAUAUUAGCCUUCUUCGUGUGCUGCUUGGAUAUAGGGUGUUACCAUGUCUGUUUGGAGUGUUGCUGAGCUCUCCCCCCCCCCCCCCGAUCCCUGAGGUUUUGUCUCCUUCCUUAAGCAGCUGUACUUUGCCUUGAGCUUUCUGAAAAGAAAUCUAAACAUGCAAUUUCUGGGCAACCGGGUGCCCAGUUGCAGGUAGAAGCUUACCUGUUGGACUUUAGAUAACCACAAAGAACGCAUCGUUGGGAGAUGCCUCAUUGGGGACUGAGCUAAAGACAUAAUCCUGGCACCUCCAUAUACAUGAACAGGGCUUCUACAUGAAAUCAUGCAUCAACUUUUCUUUUGAUUUCCCCAGAUCCUUUGUAAUCUUUUGGCUGUAGAUGGUGUCAACGAUCCUGCGGUGCUGGCCAUCAAUGGAGGUAAAUGUUGUUGUUUUUUGUAAACAAGACUAGUUAGUCUUAGCAAAACGGUAUAAAGAGUUUUCAAGUAACGCAUCUCAAUUACUUUUAGCUUCCGCAGCCCUUGCUUUGUCGGAUAUUCCAUGGAACGGUCCCAUUGGUGAGUAAAGAUGCAUUAACUUAAAUUUAGCAUUGGUCUGAAAACGCAUGGCGCAAGUUUAUGAGAAAUGAAAGCAAACCUCACCAGUUUGAAGCUGUAACGUUUAAAAAAAAAAAAAAGCUUUAAAAAUCCAGGCACCAUGAAGGCUAGAAAACUUUAGAGGCUAGAUUACAUUGUGUAUCUCCCCCCCCCCCCCGGAUGGAUAUUAAGUAGUCAUUGAUACAUUUGAAGUCAUUGAUACAUUGAAUAUAUCAGAGCAUAUAUAGAAGAAUGGGGAAAUAAAACUUGCAAUGAAUCAUAAGAGCCAGUUCCUAGGGGGCAAGGUCCCUUCACACACAGACACACUCAGUAAAAUAUUUGAGGGGGCCAGCCCACCCCCCCACCCCCGUUGAUGAGCAUUGCCAUUCAAAUGGUGUGCUUGUAUGCGUCUUGUGAUCGAUUAUGUGGGGUGGACUUACCUCUCUCCCCCCCCCCAUAUUAUUCAAGUUUGCACCCCUGUAAUGAAUAUUUGGAACUCCUCAAGAGAUGUUCUGCCUCUGAGCUGGUUUAUUAACGUUCUAUCUAGAUGAGUCUUGCUUCAGUCUUGUAAGAGCAUCCUUGUAGCUGCAAGAUUGGCCAGUUCCAAAGUAGACGGUCUUUAUUGUUGCAUAGCUAUUGGCAAUUAAAGCUUCAUUUGAAAACAAGUAGCACACAGACAUUAGCUGCAAACAAUAUAAACCUGAUUCACGUGUACAGCAAAACGCCCAUACAUAUAAAUAGACAGAUCACAUGUGAGCAGGGUCCCUUAAAGACUUGAAUAGGCCAGGUAAUGAUACCUCCCAUCAUUCUGUCUUUCCUUUUUUGUCCAGUCACUCUGGACUCAGGGCCAGUUCAGUACUUGCUGAGGAGCAUAAUAAAGUGUAAUACUGUGGCCAGAUUUUUCAGGGCCCACUUUAUUCCCUCUUGCACAUCUUUCAUGGCUUUCUGUUUGGUUCCUCUGGGCUCUUGUCCUUUUGGGGUUUUUUGGCAGAUCUGUGCCAGCAGUGAAUUAACAUUCAGUCUGUGCAACCUGUGUAGUGAUUUGCUCCUGUCCUUCAGCACAGUGGAGUUCUGCUUCUUUUUUUUAAUAUAAUUUUUUAUAUUUUAUUACAUACUGAGAGCCAGUGUGGUGUAGUGGUUAAGAGCGGUAGUCACGUAAUCUGGGGAACCGGGUUCGCGUCUCCACUCCUCCAAAUGCAGCUGCUGGGUGACCUUGGGCCAGUCACACUUCUCUGAAGUCUCUCAGCCCCACUCACCUCACAGAGUGUUUGUUGUGGGGGAAGAAGGGAAGGGAGAUUGUUAGCCGCUUUGAGACUCCUGAAGGGGAGUGAAAGGCGGGAUAUCAAAUCCAAACUCUUCUUCUUCUUUUAACAUAUCAUUUUCAACAGUAAUUAAACAUACUUUUACAUCUUAUUCAAAUUUUUGACUUCCAUCAAUCCUGUCUGAAAAUUUUCCAAUCUAAUCUCUCUGUAUGCAUUUCUUAUCUUCCCUAUUACAUUUCAAACUCAUAACCAAUAUCUCUAUCUUUUUCUACUUUGUAACACUUCAUAUAUUUCUCCUUACAAAACUUCUUGUAGUCCUACUAGCGUAAUUUGUUGAUUACAGUUGCUCUUCAAGUAAUUCAUAUACUUCUUCCAAUCUUCUGUAAAUCUCUGGUCCCGCAGGUUUUGAAUCCUUCCUGUCAUUUUGUUCAAUUCUGCAUAGUCCAUUAAUUUUAUCUGCCCAAUGGAGUUCUGCUUCGUCUUUACUUGAACAGCUGUCCAACCUCUCCUUGCUGUAUCAAAAAUUGCUUUAGGAACUCAUUGCAGUUUGCUGUGCAGCAAGGGAGGGGGCUGCUAAAUUGUCCCCUGGGAACUAGUCCCUCAGUUCACCACCUACUAUGUACUACGUAGAGCAGAGUUUGCCUGCUGUCAAAGCACAGAUAGACCAAGUUGUAUUGUACUUGUUUGAACAGAGCUAAAUCCUCAUCAGUUGUGUCCAGUACAGGCAAACUAAGGGUAGGCAGCUCUCUUAGUGGUGGAGCUGCUGAAAUACUCGUGUGUGACAGCAAAAUCUCUUGAAUUAAUCAAUUGUCAAGCCUUACGCAGUUCUCCCAAACCGCAUUAGCUUUUCCGUGUUAAAAGCACAUCUGAAAAGUAAUCUCACAAGCUAGUGUUGCCUUAGUUGCAAAAAGCUAACUGAUGGAAUAUCUUAAUUUAUGGAGUAUCUUCUCAGGUGCUGUGAGGGUAGGACUGAUUGACGGCGAAGUUGUUGUGAAUCCCACACGAAAAGAAAUGUCGUCCAGCACUUUGGAUUUAGUGGUCUCUGGAGCCCCUCGUAGCCAAAUUGGUAAGUGAUUCAAAUGGAUUAUUUACUAGUAAAAUGGCCAGAGUAUGGGAUGAAGCCAUUUUAUGCUAUUUUAAAGCUAAGCAGGUGUCAGCCUUAUGAUUAUUGUUAUUACUGGUAUCCCAUUUAUUUAUAUUCCACCUUUUUCCCUAAAAGGGACUUAAGGCAGCUUACAGCUAAAAAUUUUAAGGACUGUUUUUUCCCCCACCUGUGCUUAGCUGUUAGUAAGAACAGGAAAAAAAUCAGUACAGUGGUACUUCAAGUUACAAACACCUCAGGUUACAAAUGCUUCAGGUUACAAACUCCGCUAGCCUGGAAGAGUUACCUCGAGUUGAGAACUUUGCCCCAGGAUGAGAACGGAAAUUGUGUGCCGGCGGUGCAGUGGCAGCAAGAGGCCCCAUUAGCGAAAGCACGCCUCUAGUUCAGAGCAGUUUCAGGUUAAGAAUGGACCUCUGGAAUGAGUUAAGUUCGUAACUAGAGGUACCACUGUACUUAAAAAUAGCAAAAUAUUAAUAGAAUAUCACAGCACCAGCCCUUUCCUUAAAAACUGUCGGUUGCCAAAAGCCUGCUGGAACCAGAAAGUCUUCACCUGCCAUUAGAAAGACAGCAAGGAGGGAGCUAGCCUAACCUCUCUAGGAAGGGAGUUCCAAAGUCUGGGAGCAGCCAUCAAGAAGGCCCUCUGCUGCAUCCCUGCCAAACCUGCCUGUGAGAGUGGCAGCACCGAGAGAAGGCUUAGAUGGAAGGCUCAUUCGAAAACCUGUGUGCGACCCUCUCCAAGGACUGGUUCACAUACACAUAUUCAUCACUUGAUGACUAGCAUGUGUGAGUCAGCAACCACAGAUCAAAACACUGCAGUUAGACUUCAUGUAUCACUUUAGAUAACUUCAGGGGCAAUAAUUCCUGGUUCUUGCAUUGAACAUUGAAGGGCUGAGAGAUGUGUUGAAGGACUUUGAUGUGUAUGAACCAGUUCUAAACUUAAGUGGUUUCCUGAUUCCUCAGUUUUGAGGUCAUUCACUAAAUUUAUCAAUUGGGCUGAAACUUUGUAGGUAGGAUUUCUUUGAAUCAAUGAUGCAACCACACUUGGAAAACCGUGUACAUUUCUGGCUGCCUCACCUCAAAAAGGACAUUGUAGAGUUGGAAAAGGGUAACCAAAAUGAUCGAGGGAAUGGAGUAACUCCCCUAUGAAGAAAGGUUACAAGAUUUGAGACUUCUUAGAAAAAGGACGAUUAAGAGGAAACAUGAUAGAAGUAUAAAAUUACACAUGGUAAGGAGAAAAUGAAUAGAGAAAUGUUUUUCUCACUCGCAGAGCUAGAACUUGGCAACAUUUAAUGAAGCUGAGUGUUGGAAGAUUCAGGAUAGACAAAAGAAAAUACUUCUUCACACAGCACAUGGUUAAACUAUAACAUUUGCUCCCGGGAGAAGCAGUGUUUAGGGCUUGGCAAUAUCUGGUUUUCAACAUUGUGAUAUAUCACCAGCAAAGCAUCGUGAUAUACUGAUAUAUCAUGGUGGUUGGAAUAAGGAUGGAGCUAUGUAGAGGCAUUGGCUGGCUUCACGUUUUUCCCCGCAUCGUGCUUUUUGCCAGUGAUUCGCUGCCCUCUGCAGGAGUCGGGAGAGCUGAGCCGGCAGAGUUAGCAGGGAAUGUAGGAAUCGAGAGAAGCAUUGCCUGGCUUCACAGUUUCCCCCACGUUCUGGUUUUUUUGCAUAGCGCGUGCACACACAAACACACGAUUCAAGAUACAUUGCCAGAUCAAGAAUUAUGAAACUGGAUCUGAUAUCACAAUAUGGAUGUCAAACCAGUUUUGGACAAUAUAUUGAUAUAUCGCCCAGCCCUAGCAGUGAUUGCCACCAGCCUGGAUGACUUUAAAAUAUUAUUAUUAUUAUUAUUAUUAUUAUUAUUAUUAUUAUUAUUAUUAAAAUUUAUUUAUACCCCGCCCUCCCUGGCCAGAGCCAGGCUCAGGGCGGCUAACACCAAUAAAAUCACAGUAAAAACAUAAUAGGCGGAAAAGAAAAGAAAAAAAACCAAUUUAAAAUACAGGUUAAAAUGCAUUUAAAACGCAGCCCCAUUUUAAAAGUAGCCGAUAAAUCAGGACAUAAGGGAAGGGAAACAUAGGGGUCAGACUGAGUCCAAACGAAAGGCCAGGCGGAACAGUUCUGUCUUGCGGAAAGCCAAGCAUGGAAGAUAAGGCUACAACGGCUAUGAUCUGUCUCCACUGUGGUUGCCAGUUGCUGGAAAGCUCAGGAGGGGAGACUGCUGUUGGGCUCAGUUCCUGCUUUCAGGCUUUCCACAGGCAUCUGGUUGGCCCCUGUGAGAACAGGAUGCUGGACUAGAUGGACCACCGGUCUGAUCCAACAGGCUGUUGCAUUAAAACGACUGUAUGUGAUGUCUCAUGGCUUACUGUUUCUACUUUGUCAGGAUCAAUGUCAUAAUGAAAUGACCUGCAUUGCGAGAGUGCAGGUUAAGUUGUUAGCUUCUGUUUUCAAAAUCCACACUGGCCAUUUGGGUUUCUCUGUGAAUAUUGGUUGAUAGCUGAAACGUAUCAGUCAAAGACAGCUGGGACUGACUUUCCCAUCUCUGAAUUUGAAUAAAUAGUGAUGUUGGAAGCUGCUGCCGAGAACGUAUUGCAGCAGGACUUUUGCCAUGCGAUCAAAGUGGGCGUGAAGCACACCCAACAAAUAAUUCAAGGCAUACAACAGCUGGCAAAGGAACAGGGCGUUGCCAAGAGGACCGUGCCGAAGCUAUUCACUGCUCCUGACCAGAUCGUGGAAUGUGCAAAGCAGUAAGUACACAAAAGGUUUUCUGGGCUACGUGGGCUGCAACUGCAGAUAUAGUAGCUGAAUUUAGGGUUUCCUUAUUUUAAAAAUCUAAAAUACACCUACGUAAAUUUUCAUCCACCUUCAAAACACAACACAAGCUGCUAUGAUAUGGAAAGAAAAGGAUAUAUUAAAACUGUUCCAAUCAUAUGCUAAAUAAGAGCCCAGCUCUUGAUCACAUUCUCUUCCGUUUGGUACCCUUUACUAAUUAUAUUUGUGUUAGUAAUUGCCUUUCUUUACUGAUCCUCCUUUGUACGUAGGAGCCUAAAUUGUGCUGGUAAAAAUAGGCUUGCUUAAUCCUUGGUGAAUGUGAAAUUCCCUGAAAUUCUGAAGCUGUGGAAGAAAAAAGCAGUUUGGUUUGGGAUAUGGAGGGAUAUGCAAUAUUUCGUUUUUAGGACUGCCCCUCCUCCACAAGGACCCAGGGAUGGACAACCUGUGACCUUCUGGGUGAUGCUUUUUCCCAACACCAUCAUUCCUGACCACUGGGCUUGCAGGCUACCCAUCUCUGCUUUUGGGAACGCAACAGGCAGAGCAGAGCAAGGGAUCUGAACAGAAUGUUAAAGCCUUUUCACUGUGUGCUUCCCACCAUCCUUGUCCUUAGCUAGCACUGCUGACGAAACAGUGUCUCACAAAAUACCGCUCAGCAAUGACGGUGGUGCUUUUCAUCUUGGGAAAUUUUCAGUUUUGUAGCUGGCAGAAUCUUUUGAUCCAUUUGGCCCCUGUCCGCCCAGCUGCUGAUGUUGCCUUCUGUCUCUGGACACGAAAACUGGACAGAGCUGGCCGCCAGGAUAACAAGGCACACAAAUUUCCUUUUUUAAAAAAAGUGUUCUCCCCCCCCCCCAACUGCCACUGGGGCUUAAAAUGGGUUGUAUUAAAAAAUAUCAGCAUUAAGUGAAAGCAACUUCUUAGUUCACCGUCUCUGUAAAGGCAGUUGGACUGUCUUUUAUGAAUUAUGAAUAAUUCUUGCCCCAUGGCUUAUUUUAAUUAAAGAAGAAGCCCUUUUUUUCUUUUUAAGGGAAAAAAUUAUUUGUGUCAAGCUGCGUACAGUCAUACCUCAGGUUAAAGUAGCUUCGGGUUGAGCGUUUUCGGGUUGCGCUCCGCGGCGACCCAGAAGUAACAGAACGCAUUACUUCCGGGUUUCGCCGCUCGCACAUGCGCAGACGCUCAAAAUGACAUCAUGCGCAGAUGCGGCAAAUCGCAGCACGUGCAGACGCAGGUUGCGUUCGCUUCAGGAUGCGAACGGGGCUCUGGAACAGAUCCCGUUCGCAUCCUAAGGUACCACUGUAUUUCACUUGGCACAUGUGGUCCAAUAACUGAAGAGAGCAAGAGUGGUGUUUUCAUAUGCGUGCACUCUGGAGGAAACCUGCUAUUGAAUCAGCUUGAACUUCCACCCUCUUCUUCACAACCACCCUGAGCAAUAUUUUGGGAAUCUGCCUUGAACAGAGAGGCUGCGAAGUGCUGGAGUCUGUCCAACAUCUUUGCAUCAAAGUGAGGAUUGAAGAUAAAUUGAGUAACGAAUCAGAACACCCAAAUACAUGGCAGGGGUUGAAAAGGCAUAAGGAGUAGAAGCAAAAAUCUGACCUACGCUGAGUGAGGCUUUUUCUUCUUCUUUAAAGCAAUUGUACUUUUUAGAUCUAUAAAGUGAAACAUAGUCUCAGCCAUGAGACACCUUAUAGCCUGGCUUCCUCAACCUUGGCCCUCCAGAUGUUUUGAGACUACAAUUCCCAUCAUCCCUGACCACUGGGCCUGCUAGCUAGGGAUCAUGGGAGUUGUAGGCCACAAACAUCUGGAGGGCCGAGGCUGAGGAAGCCUGCCUUAUAGCGGUCUUAUCUUAUGUUUUCUGGUGGGAUGUUCUUUCUUCUGUUGCUUCAUGACAAAUAGGCUUUCUUUCAUACCUGUCUGCAACAGCAUUCAAUCGUUCUUUCCACUGUACAGAUUGGAAAGCUAGUGCCCCAGUAAAAAGAAUAAGCUGGAAAUUCUUAUUGUAAAUUUCACCUGUGCUGUAGAAAACCAGGUGCUGGCCUUAGACAAGUAAUUCCCUCUCGGCCUCAACCUUCCCAUCUUCAGUAUGGGCACAACAGCUUUUGCCGAAGUAAUUACAGCACUGUUGCAAUUUGGCUGCAGUUCCAUUGUGUUCCGAGUGCCUAAGACGACAUGUUGGUAGUCUUCAGGGUCGCAUCGCAUGCUGACGUUGUGUAUGGCAUUAGGACUGUGUAUUGUUCUAGAUCUAAUUGCCACUCAGUCCUUCUGAGUGUUGUUGCUUAUGCAGCCAAAACAGCAACAGCCAUGUGUAAGGGGGGAGGUAUUAUUGGACUAAGGUUUGCAGAAGUACAAUAAAAUGGAUGGAAAGAGACACACACACCCAAAACAGCCUAAUGACAGCUAAACACCUUCAUUGAGUGAUUGACUGUUGGAACGGGGAGGAGAUUAUACUGCCCCUUCCACCCCCACCCCCAACAUUAACCUAAGAUUGUGGGUUGCUCUGAAGAGGUGCCAGCCUUUGACUUACAUUAUUCUAUAAAAUACCUUGUGCCCUGACAGCAUUACAGUGGUACCUCGGGUUACAUACGCUUCAGGUUACAUACGCUUCAGGUUACAGACUCCGCUAACCCAGAAAUAGUGCUUCAGGUUAAGAACUUUGCUUCAGGAUAACAACAGAAAUUGUGCUCCGGCGGCAACAGGAGGCCCCAUUAGCUAAAGUGGUGCUUCAGGUUAAGAACAGUUUCAGGUUAAGAACAGAUCUCUGGAACGAAUUAAGUUCUUAACCCGAGGUACCACUGUAUUUAAAUAAAAGAAGAGCAGCGGUGUUGCAGUGGUCUGGUGCCCACUAUUCUGCUCUAGUUUUCUCUGUAGCGGUUCAUAGGAUGAAGCAGAAAGGGUAAGCUUCCUCACUAUUUAACUGAUGGAAAUGGCAAGGCUUCUCUUUGCUUGAGAGGCCUCUAACAUGUGGGACUCAGGUGGGCAAAAUGUGUUGCGGUUGUGCUUCUUUUCAUCUUCUUGGCACAGCUGUUUGAUUUUUGCGGUCUGCUUCAAGGCAGAUUGGGAUCCUUCUGGAGACAGAAUAUAUGAGGUGCCAGAGAAGAGCUGUCAUUCGGGCCUUGGCCUGUCUGGCUAGGAUUUAUGUGUAGCACCUUUUACUUUCUCUGCUUGCCCUGUGUUGCUGCUUUAAAUGUCAUGGGGAUCAACCAGGUUGGCAUUCCGAUACAGUGGUACCUCGGGUUAAGCUCCUAAUUAGUUCUGGAGGUCCGUUCUUAACCUGAAACUGUUCUUAACCUGAAGCACCACUUUAGCUAAUGGGGCCUCCUGCCGCCGCUAAGCCGCCACCGCGCGAUUUCUGUUCUUGUCCCGAAGCAGAGUUCUUAACCCGAGGUACUAUUUCUGGGUUAGCGGAGUCUGUAACCUGAAGCGCCUGUAACCCGAGGUCCCGCUGUAUGAUUUGGUUAUAAUUUUUCGUCUUUCUCUUUUCUCCCCCACCUUCCGGUGCUUGAAGCCUUGCAUCUGGAAAGAUCACUGCUGUGUUUUCCGACUUCACGCAUGAUAAAGUGAGUAUUUAAAUUCAUUUUGGGUAAAUUGCGCCUGAACAAGGCGGGUUUUCGCUGUUUGGCUUCAGCCAGUUUAAAGAGAUGCACACACAACUGUCUAGGUAUUCUGCUCUGAAUUUGUUCCUCUUGUUAGAUGAAAUGUAAACGGCAAUGCAAAGAACCCUUCUGCCCACCCACUUACUGUAGCCUCAAUUGGCCUGCUCUCUUCGGCACCACAGUGCCCUCCCAUCCCGAUCCAAAGAACAAGAAGUGUAUCUCCAGAAGCCUUCUGCUGCUUUAUUCCUUCCUAAGUUUGAGGGCCAGGGACGCGGGUGGCGCUGUGGGUUAAACCACAGAGCCUAGGACUUGCCGAUCAGAAGGUUGGCGGUUCGAAUCCCCGUGACAGGGUGAGCUCCCGUUCCUCGGUCCCUGCUCCUGCCAACCUAGCAGUUCGAAAGCACGUCAAAGUGCAAGUAGAUAAAUAGGUCCCACUCCGGCAGGAAGGUAAACGGCGUUUCCGUGCGCUGCUCUGGUUCACCAGAAGCGGCUUAGUCAUGCUGGCCACAUGACCCGGAAGCUGUACACCGGCUCCCUCGGCUAGUAAAGCGAGAUGAGCGCCACAACCCCAGAGUCGGCCACGACUGGACCUAAUGGUCAGGGGCCCCUUUACCCUUUACCUUUAAGUUUGAGGGCCAGCAUAAAAUGGUAACCACCUGCAUAUGGUGGGAAUCAAAAGUGUUCCCCAUCGGUGGUGCCAGCAUGGAGAAAUUGCAUGCAUUGGGAGAAAAGCUUUUUCAGGUUCCCAGCUAGAUCAUACAUAAGCAGAGUUUGGAUGGUCAUCUGUUAUGUAUGAUCAAGUUGAGGUUCCUACAUUACCUGGAGUUGGGCCAGGUAACUCUAGGGGUCCCUUCCAAUGUUACAAUUCUAUGAUCACAUCUACUGAGUGGCGUGACUCUCUAGGGAAGUGUCUUUCUGUGGCCUCUGCGUGCUGAUGUACGUUAGCUCCCAAGCGUAGGAUGCGCAAGAGAUUCUAUAGCUCAUCUUAAUAAAAUUCAGAAUGUGUCAAUGGAUAUCUUGCAUCCUAGAUCUCAAGAGAUGAAGCAAUUAACAAAAUCAGACUUGAAACAGAAGAGCAGCUGAAAGGUCAGACACACUCAUAAUUGACUAUACUAUGUUCUAAAAUGUUUUGCCAGGGUUUGUCUUACAGUUCUGCGUUCGGCAGUCAAACAUUUUUUCAUGGACUUGGGGAUACAGAUAUUUGCAGCAGCCUGGUUCUUACUCAGAUGGUGAAGCUGCGUCGGGGCUGUACCACUUAUGAUGGGGGGGGGUGUCACAUGACCAAAUGCUUCUUGCCUCAUUUCUUAACAUUCUCUGCAAAUUGAAAACCAGAUUGACAUCCAGUGGGGUGGGAGGUUGGAUUCGAUUUUUAAUGAGGAGCAUUGGGUCGUAUGUACCCCUGCUUUGCCAUCCAAAGAGAUAAAUGUGUCUGGGCAGAAUUGCACCCAUGAGAACUAAGCCUACGCUAUAGUCCUCCCUGUUGUGGAUGUUGAAGAUGAAGAUGCUGAAGACAGAAGCAUGUACCCCCCCCCCCAAACCAGUCUUCCAUUCUGACCUCCAAAGGCACUGAGAAUACUCUUGGCUAGUGUUGGGCUGUGUACUGUGUACCUGCUUAAUGAGAAGAGACAGAAACCAGCCAGACACUGUAAUCCAAACCCGCUUUGUGCCAAGGUGUGUGUGUGUGUGUGUGUUAUGCGGAUGUGGAGCUUCACUCCACUGGUGCAGAGCUCACCAUUCUGCUCACCAAACAUGCAGGUGGACAGUGGUGUCACCAGCAGGAUCCCUGUAGGUGAGGGGCGGCAUUUCAGGAGAGGGACUGAGCCCCACUACUGUCCCAUGACAGCACUGAGGAUAACCAGUGUGUCAGCUCCAGGCUGGUGCAGCUCUUUGUCCUCAUCUUAUGCCCCAGCCAUUCUCCUAGGUGCUUUGAGCAUCAAACCUGCCAAUGACAGCGUGGUGUAGUGGUUAAGAGUGGUGGACUCGUAAUCAGGUGAACCGGGUUCGAUUCCCCGCUCCUCCACAUGCAGCUGCAGGGUGACCUUGGGCUAGUCACGCUUCUCUGAAGUCUCUCAGCCCCACUCACCUCACAGAGUGUUUGUUGUGGGGGAGGAAGGGAAAGGAGAUUGUUAGCCGCUUUGAGACUCCUUAAGGGGAGUGAAAGGCGGGAUAUCAAAUCUAAACUCCUCUUCUUCUUAACUGAAAAUUUAAAGCAAGUUGUGACACCUACUGUCACAAAUUCCUUUUACUUCCCUUCUAGUCAUAUAGUUGGGAGGGAAUAAGCAUUGUGUUUUAGGUUUCGUUUCAAUUUUCUUCUUUCUCUCUAGAAAAGUUCCCGGAAGCGGAGUGUUACGAAAUCAUGGAAUCUUUUAACGUCGUCUUGAAAGAAGUCUUUAGAAAUCUUGUUCUGAAUGAAUACAGGAGGUAAACAUGGUGUUUUCCGGGUCGCUGUGUUUAAAACAGGUUCUUCCGCGGAAUAAGGACACUAAAAGGUCGAAAGCAGUAUCAUCUUUGCACCGGUUUACAGUGGCCUUGCAUACCAAGCCGUCUGCACAUGGUUCCUUUAAGGAAUCGAUGCCCACAAACAUAGAACUAUCAGUAUGCUCCUACUUUGUGGUACACAGCCUUGUUUUCUCAUAGCUUUAAGCCCAUGGUUAAGCUUAACUGUGGUUUCAAGGUGAACACACAACAUGCUGGGAGCACAAGGCUAAAAAUUUCAGGUGGUAGGCAAUUUCAGGAGCUAAGGCUCAGUGCUAAGCCCCCUUACUUGCCCACUGAAUUUAAUAUACAGUGGUGCCUCGCAAGACGAAAUUAAUUCGUUCCGCGAGUUUUUUCGUCUAGUGAAUUUUUCGUCUUGCGAAGCACGAAAUCCCAUAGGAAUGCAUUGAAAUUCAAUUAAUGCGUUCCUAUGGUCAAAAAAGUCCAAACAAAGCCAAAUUUGGUACAACAAGAGUUUAUUAAGUGCUCUUUAAAGUCACACAUACUGUAAAGAGCAUUUCAAAAAUUGAAGGAACAAUAAAUUAAGUUUCUAAACAUGACAGAAAAACAUUUAAAAAUCAACAAAGUGUACAGUACAUUUUCUAAGACUCUGGGGGACAACUCGAAGAAGGUUCUUCUUCCACUCUUUGCUUCUUGCUGAAGAACUCCCUCCUCAACUGUUCCCCCAGCCACCCACCACACAGAAAUUCAAAUCCAGAAUUUUUUUUAAAAAACAGCAGAGUGGCCCAAUGGUCACAGAAAAUCAUAAAAAUGCAGGAAAAAAACACACAAGCUUCCAGAUUCUUGCAAACCCCUCCCCAACACCAAGUCCUUGAAUUUCAAACAUCCCAACCCAAAAUCCAAAAACCCCCAAAAAAGUAUUAAAAGUUUAACUUACCAAAUGGCUGCAAAAGAAGUUUUGGAAAAGCUUCAAAAAUCACCAAAGUCUUCAAAAACCUCAAAAAGGCUACCACACCGCGUUCUAUGAGUUGCUCCUCGAAGUCAAGUCGCAACUGUAUUAACGGUGUUAAGAAAAAGGAAACAAACUUGCAAGACGUUUUCGUUUUUCGUCUUGCGAAGCAAGCCCAUAGGGAAAUUCGUCUUGCGAAGCAGCUCAAAAAAUGCAAAACCCUUUCGUCUAGCGAGUUUUUCGUCUUGCGAGGCAUUCGUCUUGCGGGGCACCACUGUAUCUGACUUCUGAGUAGGCCUGGUUAAGAAUGUGCUAUAAACGAACCAAAAGCAGCAGUAAGCCAGGAACAAACCUUAGUUUUAGCUUGUGGUUUGUUUGGAGGGAGACAAGCUAACAGCCCUGGUUUGGAUGUAAUGCUAGGCCAUGUCACGGUUUCACUCCCAGCAAUACAUCAGGAGCAGGAGAGGAACAAAUUGCCUGUGGUUUUAGUGCUGUGCACCAGUCUGCUUUAUACUGUGGUUUAAAUCAAAAGGCCUUAAAUUAUGGUUUUGUUUGAGUAUGUUUAAAAGCAGUGUGUGACCAAGGCCAAAACCUGCUCUCUUUGGGGCCUGAUUUGACUGUGGCUUCAAAUGUGUGCACAUCAGGCUGGACUAGAGGCAAGGUGGGUAGCCACAAUUGUCCCUUUCCCCCAGUUAUAGCCAUAAUAAUACUUGCACUGGACUCCAGAUAUUCAUGAAUGCAGGCCAAAUCUAGAGCCGAGGUGAGAGGAACCCGUGGAAACUGUCCUCUCUGCUGCUUUAUUCCCAUAGAUGUGAUGGUCGAGACUUGACUUCACUUAGAAACAUCACUUGCGAGGUGGACAUGUUCAAAACCCUUCAUGGAUCAGCGUUAUUUCAGAGGGGCCAAACUCAGGUAUUCACUGAUCUUCCUUUACCCCCCCUUUUUUCCGUUUUUUAUUUUACUCAAAAAUAAAAAUACUGUGGUUCUGUGGCCGUGGGUCAGCAACUAAAAUGAUAUUUACGAAAUGGACUUAGAUGGUGCGGAUAAGCUCCUGAAGACCAUCCUGAAAUGAACUUGAUUCUUUAUUUGAAUAAGUGCAAAAUCAUUCCUAACUUUCUCCGAGCGUGCUUAUAAAAUUAGAGUACACGUACAUCCUGCAUCACUAUUAAAAACCGCACUGUGUGGGGGAUGUGUGAGUCAGUGAAUGAAAAGGUUCCCCGUGGGCGAAUUGCUUAAAAUAACAGCAUCUAUGAAUCAGACCUGCUGCUCUGCUUAAAUUGAAGGGUGAUAAAUUCUCUCAUAUAUAUAUAUAUAUAUAUAUAUAUAUAUAUAUAUAUAUAUAUGAGAAUCUAAGUUCAGCCUCAUUGAAGGGCAGUAUUUCAAUAUGAGUAGGGAAAUGAGAGUACCCCUAAACAUUUUUUAGAAAAAAGCACUGUGUGUGUGUAUGCGUGCAGUGCUUUUUUCUUAAAAAAUGUUUAGGGGUGCUCUCAUUUUCCUACUCAUAUUGAAAUACUGCCCCUCAAUGAGACCAAACUUAGAUUCACAAAAUGUUUAGGGGUAUGCGUCCCCCCAGAAAAAAGCACUGUAUAUAUAUAUAUAUAUAUAUAUGUAUCUAUAUAGUGGGGAGGGGGUGGAGAGUGUGUGUGUGGUAGUUCUCCCCCGCCCCCCACUGCCAAAAAGAAAAUAUGUUCAGAAGAACUGUGUGUAUAGUUUACUGCAUGUUCUUCUAACAAAUGUCAGUUUAAAAGUUGUUGCACCUUUGAACUGCAUUAGUGACUCGCCCAGCUGUAAUCGGUAUCCGGUGGGAGGGCUAGAAUAGCAAAUGUGCCCUCUAGAUUGGUUCAUAAUUAGCAGAAUUUGGAACCAAGAAGGGGGGAGGGCUGAAACUUGAAGUUGUUCUCUGUAAAUCCAACACAGUGCAGUGCAAACCGUGCAUGUCAAUGAUUCCCCUUCUGAUAUCAUUGUGAGUUUGUGCCCAGAGCAAUGCUUACCUUAUCUGGGUUUUUAUGUGUCUUGCUUUUGAAUCAUUGCAUUUUCUUAUUUGUUGAGAACUUAAUUCCUCUCCCCUAAACCACAGUAUUUUCAGUAGACCUUUGUUUUCUAGGUCCUCUGCACAGUUACUUUUGACUCACUGGAAUCGAGUGUAAAAUCUGACGUUAUCACAACCGCUUUAAGGUAUAUAUACCACCAUCCCUUCUCCUUUCAGACCCCAACUUGACUUUGGCGUGUUAAUUGCACCAUGUGACUCUUUAGGACCUUGUGUUCAUAAUCUUCAAGUAGAUCAGGAGGGGCCAUAGCUCAGUGGUUAGAGCUUCAUGCUUUGCAUGAAGGAGAUCCCUGGUUCAAUCCUGGCAUCUCCAUUUAAAAAGGAUCAGGUGGCAGACAGUGGUGAAGGCCUCUCCCUGCCUAAGAGCUUGGGGCAGGCUUCUGCCAGUCAGAGUCGAUAAACUGGACCGUAUGGGCAAAUCCGAUCGGAGGUAAUGCAGCUUCCGACAUUCAUAUGAAAUCACCUUUUCUUUGAAGGCAAUCUCUCUAAACAUCAUUGAAAAUGGGUAUAUACAGCCCCUUUAGAGAAAUCAAGACUGGCCACAUGCAAAAAAGAAUAUCAAAAUAACGUAGCUAAGUUGAACUUGGAAGUAAUCCUGAGACAGUACAGUGCAAAAGUAGUUAUUAAAAGCUUUCCUAAGAAGAAAGUUGCUGGGUUUUUGUUCUGUAGGGACAAAAAUUUUAUUGGAUCAGGCAAUGUGAUCUAAUGUGAGUUGGUUAUUCCAUAGGGGAUAGUUCUAACUGGUUACGGACAAAUCCUAAUCAGUGGAGCAGAUGUAUUGAGAAAUGGCAGGAUAUAUUAAAACACGGACUUUGCUUUAACAAUAAGCAGAAAUCUAACAAAGGCUGCUUCAUCUGUUAUUUACAGUGGUACCUCGGGUUAAGUACUUAAUUCGUUCCAGAGGUCCGUUCUUAACCUGAAACUGUUCUUAACCUGAAGCACCGCUUUAGCUAAUGGGGCCUCCUGCUGCCGCCGCGCUGCUGGAGCACAAUUUCUGUUCUCAUCCUGGAGCAAAGUUCUUAACCUGAAGCACUAUUUCUGGGUUAGCGGAGUGUGUAACCUGAAGCGUAUGUAACCCGAGGUACCACUGUAUUCAGUAUCAGAAAAACACUUCUAACAUGGUUUUGGUUAUAUAGGCAGCAGCCAUCUUAGCCGUGUCCAAUUGGCACGUGAUCAAAGACAGAACAGGAUCGGAACACCCGCAAGAAAUGGUCGCCGCCUGUAUGCAAAUGAUUACUCAGAUAAAAAUUAUUUAAUCUGUUGUUGGUCUGCUGCUCACCCAGCUUCACAAUGAAGCGUAAGCCGGGCUCAGAUGCACUUUGCCUUAAUGCUAGAGUAGCUUACUGUACCCUAAUAUUGUUCUCUGAGCUCUGGUAGAGGCAGUCAGGCAAGGCCUUCCCGGGAAAAGAAUUUCCCUUAGUAUUUAAGGUAUUACAGAAACCUACCCCUCAUUUGUACCCAUCCCCUUCCGGAGAGAGAGAGGGUCGACAGAAGGUUCAAGGGGUUCCUGAUGUAAGUAAAUUACUUGCAGCUCAUUUAGUUCUUUGUAACACUUGUUUCUGUUUCUAGUGGAAUAAAGGAGAAGAACUUCAUGCUCCACUACGAGGUAUGAGAACUCACUUCAGCUUCAUAAAAAGCAUUUGUGCUUAAUUAUUAGGAGUAAUUACUCUGAAAACAUAGGGGCUUGUUCUCGAAUUGCUUUCUUUAUACCUGGAGCCCGUUCCUGAGACCUGAAAGCUGCAUGCAGGCCUCUUCGGAGCCUCCUUUAGGGAGACAGGCUAUAUGUGGAAUUGCUGUUCGUCCAUCUGCAUUGCGGUGUCAGGGUGUAUUUAGGGGUUGUAUAGAGUUGCACAGUGCUAUAAUGUAUUUAUUUUAAUUGUUUUGUGAUUUUAAUACCGUACACUGCUUUGGGUGCUUUAAAAAAUAAUAUUAAAAAAAGCAGCUGAAUAUGUACCAUAAAUAAAGCGUCUUCUCCCCGCACCCUGACUUUAAUAGCGCUGGUAUUUGAAACAAACAGGCUCCUUUUCACUCACACCUUUGCUUCUUGCUCGUUUUUGGAUAGGCGAGAACCUUUGUUGAGACUGCUGCUGACAAGCUGUGUUCGCUGGUUGCUUUGCUGUCCAAAAGCAAAUACCGUAUUUUUCGCUCUAUAGGACGCACUUUUUCGCCUCCAAAAAUGAAGGGGAAAUGUGUGUGCGUCCUAUGGAGCGAAUGCAGGCUCCUUGGCUUCAGCAAUAGCAACACGAAGCCUCCGAAGCGCAGAGGGAGAGCUCCCCCCGCGCUCCGGAGGCUUCGCGUUGCUUUUGUUGAACUCCCGCUGUGCUCUGGGGGCUUUGGGCAGCUAUCCGCAAGUCUUCGGAGCACAGCAGGAGUUCCCGCUGUGCUCCGAAGGCUUUCGGAUAGCCGCCUGAAACCUGGAGAGCAAGAGGGGUCGGUGCACACCCAUCCCUCUUGCUCUCCAGGCUUCGCUUUGCUGGAGAGGCGCUGCACAGUUUUCCCUCUCUGCGCAGCGCCCCUUCAGCGAAGCGGGAGGAGAAAUGGAAGGGGCUGUAUUUCUCCUACCACUUUGCUGAAGGGGCGCUGAGCGGAGAGGGGUAGAAUUUUUUUUCCCCUGUUCUCCCCCUCCUAUGGUCCUGUGCAUCCUAUAGAGCGAAAAAUAUGGUAAAUGGGAGGAUUGCUCUUCCUCCUCCCCCUCCUCCUAAUCUCAGGAUCAUAGAACUGUAGAAUUGGAAAGGACCCCAAGAGUCAUCUGGUACAAUCCCCUGAAAUGCUAAAGCAUCCGCGAAUCUCAGCUAAAGCACCCAUGAUUGCCUCUUCCUAAUCUCUCUCUGUCUCUCAAACACACCAGAGUGUGUAUGAGAGAUAGAAAGAGAUCGAGAUUAGGGGAAGAUUAGGUUUGGAGUGAGUCCACCAUACGCUAGUAGGGUGUAGUGCUUAGAGUGCUGAGCUAGGACCUUGGAAUUCAGGUUUCAGUUCUACGCUCGGCCAAGAAGUUCACCUUGGACCAGUCACAGUUUCUCAGCAUAGCCUACCUCAUAGGGUUCCGAGGAUAAAAUGGGGAAGGGGAGAAUCUUCGUGCUCCACCUUCAGCCCAUUGAAGGAAAUGUGAGAUAUAAAUGUAGCAGUAGUAGAUGGUGGAAAUACAGUCGUACCUUGGAUCCCGAACGCCUUGCGAGUCGAACGUUUUGGCUCCUGAAUGCCACAAACCCGGAAGUGAGUGUUCUGGUUUGUGAACGUUCUUCGGAACCGGAAUGUCCGACGUGGCUUCCGAUUGGCUGCAGGACCUUCCUGCAGCCAAUCGGAAGCCGCGCCUUGGUUUCCAAACGUUUUGGAAGUCGAAUGGACUCCUGGAACGGAUUCUGUUCGACUUCUGAGGUACCACUGUAAUAACAGUAGCAGGGGAUCAGUCUGAUCCAGGAAUACAGAACCAGAUAGGUGAUUGCUGAAAAUGCUCUGCAUCCGUAGCUGCUUGUACAAAGGAACCUGAUGCACUGGAAUUUUCGAUUUCCCACCCUCUCUUAUUAAAACUACGAUUUGUAAAUCAUCCCUUAGCUUAUCCAAAUUAUAUUGACAGUGAAACUUUUGAGUACUGAAGCUACAGAGAUUAUUGUGAAAGAUGGCUGAACUUAAGCAUUAAGACCUUUCUGCAGUUUUAAGACACGUUUAAAAAUGUUGGAGAGUUUCAAUUAGGUUUUGAAAGAAACCUCUUUCAUACUUUGAAAGAGAAGAUCCUGAAAAGUGUCUAAACCUUAAAAUUAGGCACUAAUUCAAACUUCCAUUUGUACAGCAUAGUAUAGCAACUCUAAGUAAAGCUACUUUAACUGAUAAAACGUCUGGAGGUUGUAUCACUUCAAAUUAUAGUGCAAUUAUUCACUCUGAUCUACUUAAGAUUGCUGCUUUCAUUAGGUGUGCAUAACUCCGCAUAGGAUAAGCCAGAUAGUUUAUUUUUUUAAAGGUCAUAUUGUUUUCGUGACGACUGUGAAAGUGUACAACUUAAAAUAUGUGGCUGAAGAUUAUUCCAAAGGGUAGCAUAUUAAUAACUCUGCAAAUGACUCAUUGCAUGAGCAUAUUUUUAUCCUUUUGGGUGAAUUCCAUGGAUGUUUGCCUUGAAAUGAAUGCUGACAAUCAGAAAAGCAUUAUACUGACAUUCUCCCCCUCUUGAUAUAUUAAAAUUUUGCAGUUUCCUCCAUACGCAACUAACGAGAUUGGCAAAAUUACUGGCAUGAAUAGACGAGAGCUUGGCCAUGGUGAGUAAGAACAGAAGAAGCUGAAUAUCUAGACUGAAACUGAAUUACUCCUUGUAAUUCACAACAUAAUUUUUUUACUUGUAGGUGCACUUGCAGAGAAGGCUUUGAAGCCUGUGAUUCCCAGUGAAUUCCCUUUCACAAUAAGGGUUACUUCAGAAGUACUGGAGUCAAAUGGUAUUUGAUUUUUAUUAUUUGACUGUUGCUCAGAAUGUGUGGGUGGAAUUCAACUUAGCACUAAGCAGAUUGUUCCAUCGCACAAGCAGAAAUGCUUGCGCUAAUAAAACUAUCUCCACUCGCCCCACACGUAUGAUUUGAAAUCUGGCAGGGUCCUUAUCACAAGGCUAAUGGGAAGGGCAAAGGAUGAGGUCCACCCCUGUUACUUUUUGAGAUUUCCCCCCUUUUUAGAAGGCGCAAGGGGUCAUGAAUUAGCUAAUGGGCUUUGGCCUAAUAUUUGUGGAUUUCAUUAGGGAAACCCCUACUCUUUCCCCCAGGGACGCGGGUGGCGCUGUGGGUUAAACCACAGAGCCUAGGACUUGCCGAUCAGAAGGUCAGCGGUUCGAAUCCCCGCGACGGGGUGAGCUUCCUUUGCCCAGUCCCUGCUCCUGCCAACCUAGCAGUUUGAAAGCACGUCAAAGUGCAAGUAGAUAAAUAGGGACCGCUCCGGCAGGAAAGUAAACGGCAUUUCCGUGUGCUGUUCUGGUUCGCCAGAAGCGGCUUAGUCAUGCUGACCACAUGACCUGGAAGUUGUAUGCUGUCUGCCUCGGCCAAUAAAGCGAGAUGAGCGCCGCAACCCCAGAGUCGGUCACGACUGGACCUAAUGGUAGGGGUGCCUUUACCUUUACCUUACUCUUUCCCCCAUAAUUUGAGCACAUGUCUUUAGACUAUUUACUGUUGCAGAUGUUAGCUGAAAUUUCUGAACCGCAACAAAACGGUGCAAAAACCGAGUGCUUCUUGUAUCCAGAAAGAAAACCCCCUAUCCCAGGGAGAAAUAUAAAUAAUACGGUGGCAAACGGUUGUCCAUGUCUUUUGUGUUGCUAAGAAACUUAUUUAUAUGCAGAUCAUAUAUUUUAGUGGCUACUCAAAAAUGGUUGAUUGCAUAAUCUUGUGGUUUCUGUUUCCAGGAUCAUCGUCAAUGGCUUCUGCUUGUGGUGGGAGUUUGGCACUGAUGGAUGCAGGUAUUCCACAAAGAAGAAUUCAUAUUUUGGGAUGUGUUUAUGCAUAAGUGAGUGGAAGUGGCACCAAAACUCAGAAAUGCAUAAUUUCUCUUUUAUUGUUAGGAGUCCCAAUAUCGUCUCCUGUCGCAGGUGUUGCUGUUGGUUUGGUUUCCAGGGCUAAUUCUGAAAAAAAUGGAGACAUUGAGGAUUAUCGCUUGCUAACAGACAUUCUGGUAAGAGUUCCUAAUUGAGUCUUGUUUCUCAGUAUUCAAAAGAUCUGGACUCUAGCUUAAAACUCAUAUCUGUGACAUGUGUAAAUUACAGUGGUACCUCAGGUUAAGUACCCUGGGGUGCCUUGAAUGAUGGUCAGGGGUGCCAUGGGCAACACUGGCCUCUGUCCUUCCCUGCCUCCUCUGAUGCCCUCUCACGUCUCUGCCUCCAAAAGGCUUGCACAGCUGUUCGUUGCAGCAGCCCUGGAUACAAGCUCCCCAGGCGAAUGGUGGCUCUGUGGCUGGACAGGGGUGCUGGUUUCCAGGAGCUGAGGCAGCUCAGAGGCCAGUGGUGGAUGCAGUGGCUGCCCAGAGGACUCCCAAGGAUAGUGGGGAGGAGAGGAGGCUGAGGGAACACUCCACAAGGGAGGGUGUUUGAAAAAGGGUGUGACACAACUGGGUUUCUGAGCCCCACAGGGGUGCGGCAGAACGAAUGUAGUUGGUCAAGGGACCCAUGGACUCAAAAACGUUGAAGACCUCUGCAUUAGAUGUAUACAUGAAUUGGUAUACAGUAAUUGUGUCUGCUUACCUGAAAUCUUGGAAAUCAUAGUUCUUUUGAUGGAGCUAGUGUUCUCUGAUAGAAUUCUUACCACUUUCAUUGGCUUAAAAUAAGCUUAAGUUUGUAGUGCAGUUGUAUUCAAACCCUUAUACAAAAUACCCCUACUUUGUUAUCUAACUUUUUCCAAGGAAACCAUGAAACUAUAAUUAGGGGACUUCUGCUAAAGGUUCCUCAGACAGGGGCCGACUGUGAAAAUAUGUUGCAAGUAUAGGUUUUGUGGUUGCAGCCAAAAUGUAGGAAUUGUUUCAACCUAUUGUAGUAGAAUUUGCAUCCCUUUAUUAUAUUCAGGGCUGGGAUGUUGGUUUUUUGGGUCUGUGAGUAGAACCACUGUGGUCUUGGAAAGACAUUUGAAGUAUAUUUAUUUUCUGCAGGGAAUAGAGGAUUAUCAUGGUGAUAUGGACUUCAAAAUGGCUGGAACGAAUAAAGGAAUCACUGCCUUACAGGUAUCCUCCUCCAAUCCUCUUAAUUUGAAAUAAACCUCUGUUCCAGAAAAAAACGAUGCCGUUGAUAGUGAUUUUAACUUUUUCACUUGUGUAUCAUUAGGCUGAUAUCAAGCUGCCAGGGAUACCCCUAAAAAUUGUGAUGGAAGCGAUUCAGCAAGCCACAGGUGAGUGUAGAGCACAUGGCGUUUGAUUUUCACUUCUGUUUUAAUAAUUUCCCAUGAAAUGGACAAUCAGCCCUAUUAGAACAUACAGUGGUAACUCAGGUUACGAACUUAAUUCGUUCCGGAGGUCCGUUCUUAACCGGAAUCUGUUCUUAACCUGAGGGGCGCUUUCGCUAAUGGGGCCUCCUGCUGCUGCGCUAUUUCCGUUCUCAUCCUGCGGCAAAGUUCGCAACUACUUCCGGGUUAGCGGAGCUCGUAACCUGAAGCGUUUGUAACCUGAGGUGCCACUGUAAAUCCUUAUCAGUGCCCACCUUAAUCUCUGACUUGACCAUUGUAUUUAGGUGGUCUCUUUGAGGUUAAGCCUUCUAAAUAAAAGCCUCUUGAAAGCUUCUGUAACGACAUGCAUUCUGUCCCUACAUACCAGGGGCAGAACCUCAGGUCCACAAACAUGCUUUUGCCUGAUUUGAAAGUCCUUGGACGUCAAACCACCUUUUCUUUGAUACUGUUCAUUUUUGUGUUUUUCUUCAGCGAUUUUCACAUUUUUGCUACCUGCCCUAGGCCCAUUUGGUGAACUACACAUUGCACUAUGAGCACAAAUAAUAAAUUAACAAAUCGCUCUUCUGGUUUUGGCCCUGUUUUGGCCUUUUGAGGAUGCCUGGUUAAAAUUGUUGGUGUAACAAGCAAUCAUUGUUAGACAUAGGAAGUUCAGUGGUGUGAGAAGAAUAAUUUUGAUGUGUGAAUUUUUUUAAAAAAUCAUUUCAUUGGUAAAAUGUAUGGUUUCUUAUGUGCCAGGUAAAUUGGUUGUCUCUUUUUCCAGUGUUUAAAAGUUAGGCGACUGGUUCAUGAUAUGCAGGAAAAAAUAUUUAAUAUUAAAGGGAUUCAGCAUAUUUGAGAGGUUAUUGACCUAAUAUGCAUUAUUCAGAAUGCUUCUAUAUGCAAUAAAAUGUAAUAAAAGACCUGAAGACGAAAGAUAUGCACUGGGCAUAUAUUUGUUUGGAGCCAAGGUACUCCUUGGACACAAUCUAAAAAAUAAAAAUAUGAUAAUACUGAGAUCCUCAUCCUUCAUGUUAAGUUUUAUAAAAGAGCUUUUAGCUUAUGGGUCACUUCAUUUUAAACUGGGGUGGGGAACCUGUGGCCCUCCAGAUGGUUCUGGACUUUGUCCAUUGUCCCUCACCAUGCCCAUGCUGUCUGGGGCUGAUGAGAGCUAGAGUCCAACAAUAUGUGGAGGGCCACAUGUUAACUAUCCCUGUUCGAAGCAAAAUGACUGAUCAGUUUUUUUAAUGUGCAUGCUGCGAGACCUCAAUUUGGUGUCCUAAUGAAGAGUUAGGUAAAGGGACCCCUGACCGUUAGGUCCGGUCGUGACCAGCUCUGAGGUUGCAGCGCUCAUCUCGCUUUAUUGGCCGAGGGAGUCAGCGUACAGCUUCCGGAUCAUGUGGCCAGCAUGACUAAGCCGCUUCUGGUGAACCAGAGCAGCACACGGAAACGCCGUUUACCUUCCCGCUGGAGCGCUACCUAUUUAUCUACUUGCACUUUGACGUGCUUUCGAACUGCUAGGUUGGCAGGAGAAUGAAGAGUUAUCUUGCAUCUAAUAAACAAAACCUACCAUUGACUGUUAGACAGCGAGCCCAGCUUUAAUAUUUUCCUUUUCAUGUUAUCGUUUUCAUUUCUUAAAGGAAUGGAUCUGAAGGCAGCCCUGUUUAGGGAAGUUUUUAAUGUCUGAUGUUUUAUUGUAUUUUUAAUAUUUUGUUGGAAGGCACCCAGAGUGGCUGAGGAAACCCAGCCAGAUGGGUGGGGUAUAAAUAAUAUAUUAUUAUUAUUAUUUUAUUAUUAAGCAGAAUAGCCUCAAAAAAAUAACCAAGAAUGUAUUUAAGUUGCAGCCACCAUGACUAAUCAGCAUAUGAAGCAGACUUUCUGAACUUUGGGUUCUGAGAUGUUGAACUACAACUCCCAUCUUCCAUAGCCAGCAGGGGCAGCAGUCAGGACUGAUGGGAGUGGUAGACCAACAACAUCUGGGAAUCCAAAUUUGAGAAAAGCUGGCAUAAAGGUUUAGAUACAGUGGUACCUCGGGUUAAGUACUUAAUUCGUUCCAGAGGUCCGUACUUAACCUGAAACUGUUCUUAACCUGAAGCACCACUUUAGUUAAUGGGGCCUGCUGCUGCUGCGCGAUUUCUAUUCUCAUCCUGAAGCAAAGUUCUUAACCCGAGGUACUAUUUCUGGGUUAGCGGAGUCUGUAACCUGAAGCGUAUGUAACCUGAAGCGUAUGUAACCCGAGGUACCACUGUAGUUGAUUUACCAAUUAGAAAUAAUUAAACAUUGCAAACUUUACUCCAUAUGGGGCAGCUUUCACUAGCCUGUUGCCUCCAGAGGUUCUGGAUUGCAGUUCCCAUCUGCCUCAUGCUGGCUGGGGAGCUAUGGUCAGAAACAUCUGGAGGGCACCAUGUUGGUGAAGGCUGGUAUGGGGAAAACACCUUGUGAAUUCACAACUGCAUCAUCUCCUUUGAUACUCUUUGGCUUACAGCUUAGCCAUGUUUCUUCCCAAACUGUUGUUUAUAGGCAGUGAACUCUGCCCACCCAGUGUGACUUCUCUUUCUGAAAAAGAAAGCUGGCUUGCUCUCAUUUUUCUCAGGAAAGCAAUUUUGAUUUCUUUGCAUCUGCUAGCUUGCUUGCAGAAAAGCCGUGUGUUAGAGAAAGCGUUCCAUGUGACAUAAGCAAAUGUGACCAAUUCCAAGCAAGGUGUUCAUUGAAAUAAAUUUGAGGGUGGAGGGUGGUUUCUACCUAAAUAACAUAUGGUGGCCCAUAAUUUAGAUGAACUUGUGAUUGCACUGGGUGUUGUGUUUUUGUAUUCCAAGAACCAGCUUCAGAAGUCACACACGCACGGUCAAUACAAUACAGUGGUACCUCGGGUUAAGUACUUAAUUCGUUCCGGAGGUCCGUUCUUAACCUGAAACUGUUCUUCACCUGAAGACCACUUUAGCUAAUGGGGCUUUCAGCUGCCACUGCGCCGCCGGAGCACGAUUUCUGUUCUCAUCCUGAAGCAAAGCUCUUAACCUGAGGUACUAUUUCUGGGUUAGCGGAGUCUGUAACCUGAAGCGUAUGUAACCUGAAGCGUAUGUAACCCGAGGUACCACUGUACCAGCAAAAGCUUACACCAAUGGAAGAAGGAUUCAUUAUUGCACAGUGAUUUAAGUGCUCUGUAGUGUAAUGUGCUUCACCUGGGGGAGGGAGAUGUAGGGCUUUUAAAAACGCGCUGGAAAUAAUGCACAGGGCUGGACAGAAGAUCUGCUGCCCUAAAUGCCUUUAUGAAGCAUAAAACUGGAAACAAUUCUGCUCUUUUAUUGAACAAUGCAGCUCCCCAAAAGUGCCUCAAACCCUCGCUGUGCUGCUGCAUGCAAAAGUUUUGCUUGAUUAGUCAUGUUAAAAGCAUUAGGGAAGAAAGGAAGGUUUCCUUGCAACAAAAUAGAGAUUUUUUUUUAAAUGAAAGCAUUUAACAUGUGUGUUCUAUAUUUAAACUAGAAGGGGUUUUUGUGUGUGUGUGUGUUUUUCUCCCUUAGUGGCAAAGAGAGAAAUAUUGCAAAUUAUGAACAAAACGAUUGCAAAACCUAGAGCAAGCAGAAAAGAGAACGGACCACUUGUAGGUAAUAGCAUUUGUAAUUAACUGUACAUGUUCUGAGCGGUGGGGUGGGGAGUGCAGUUGGACGGCCAAAGUUCUCGCAGGUAUGCAAACCAUUAUUUCUAAGAACAGUGGUUGGUGGUCAAGGAUACAGCCCAUAGUUGUCAGGCUAUGCAUACAUUGCUUUUUAGAUUAGAACCUUUCUUUCAAGUUAAUUCCUAAUUCAGUAUAGGCUUAGGUUUCUUAAAUGUAUAUUUCACUUCCCACUACAAAAGUCCUGAAAGGAGCUACAACGAAAGGAGAAAUUCCAUAACAAAAGUCACAUAAGCAUGUUAAAAAUUUGUUCAGGAUACAGUACUAUUAAAGGCUUCAUCCCACGUCUAAAAUAAGGUAAAUAAUGCUGGUUUGUAAACAUCAACUUGGCUGGUUAUAUAUGGCAAGUAAGAAUCACCUCCAGGUGAUCAGGCAGGGACUAAACAUUUGUAAAUUCAGGGUAAAUUUUGUUCAUACUUCAUUUCAGACUACUAGUAUGGCAAAGCCACCGCCCCUCCCAUUUUUUGUGAACUAAUGAAUUUUAACUUACAAGGCUACCAUAAAGUGAUGGCAUCUUUUGAGCUGAAAAGUUACGUCUUUAAGAUAAUAGUUUAGGUCCUGAAUUCCCUUCUUUCAUGGAAGGGCUUUUGAUCUAACAGGAUCCUGCUGGCAGAAAGAAGAAAGGUAGCUUUUCCUGAUUCCUCCUGCAUUCUCAUAUACACUCCAAAUCCUUUUUGUGGGGCAGAAGGGCAUUACAUGGGAAAUCAGAGGAGUUCACCUCCCCUCAUCUACUGGUAGGAGUGUCCCAUGGAUGGAACUUUUAUUCCCAUUGGAGAAAAUGAGUUCCAGAACGAUGCCACGAUAUUUUAAGUCUCUAAAAAUAUUAACGUUUACGUACAGCCAGGGAAAAAAGGUAGUGUGGGUGUGGCAAGCCCUUGUAUUGCAACAAAUUUCUCACUUAAACUCUCUGCAUUUCAGAAAACGUUCAGGUGCCAUUAUCAAAAAGGGCAAGAUUUGUUGGCCCUGGAGGUUAUAAUUUAAAAAAACUUCAAGCUGAAACUGGUGAGUCUUCGUUGCUUUUUGAUGUGUACUUUUGCCAGUUUAUUAAAUUAUCCUGUCCUCCUUCCCCAAAGACUAAAAGCAGGGAUACAAAUAAAGUUUUUCAUUUUCUGGUGGCCGUGUGCUUUCUCUUAGUGCAAAUGGAAUGUAGACGAGAAUCAUAGAAUUGUAGAGUUGGAAGGGACCACGAGGGUCAUCUAAUCCAACCCCCUGUGAUGGCAGGAAUCCCAGCUAAAGCAUCCCUGACAGAUGACCAUCCAACCUCUGCUUAAAUCCCCCAAGGAAGGAGAGUCCACAACCUCUCGAGGGAGUCCGUUCUGCUGUCAAAAAGCUCUUACCAAUAUUAAAAUUUGUACUGCUGCUUAGUUAGAAUCACCUUUCUUGAAACUUGAAGCCAUUGAUUUAGGUCCUACCCUCUGGAGCAGGAGAAAACUAGUUUGCUCCAUCUUCAACGUGACAGCCCUUUAGAUUUUUGAAGAUGGCUAUCGUAUCUCCUCUCAGUCUCCUCUUUUCCAGUCUCCACCCCCAUCGUUCUACCCGGACACUGAGGUCCAGUGCUGAGGGCCUUCUGGCGAUUCCCUCACUGCAGGAAGCCAAGUUACAGGGAACCAGGCAGAGGGCCUUCUCGGUAGUGGCACCUGCCCUGUAGAACGCCCUCCCACCAGGUGUCAAAGAGAAAAACAACUACCAGACUUUUAGAAGACAUCUGAAGGCAGCCCUGUUUAGGGAAGCUUUUAAUGUUUGAUGCAUUACUGUAUUUUAAUAUUUUGUUGAAAGCCGCCCGGAGUAGUUGGGGAAACCCAGGCUGAUGGGCGGGGUAUAAAUAUAUGAUGAUGAUGAUGACGACGAUAAUGAUGAUACCUGUAGACUCUUUCCCUGUCCCAUGAAAACUUUCUUUACUUUGCACUUCCUGCCGUUAACCUUCAGAACAGCCAAUAUCUUCCAGAGUUUGCUUAAGCUAGUUGGCUUCAAUUUCCUAAGAGAGACCUAUAUGGCAUUGGCAUCCUUCAUUAUAGUGAACAACGUGGAGGAGAAUUCAUUUAUGGCAGAGAUGAGCAAGAAGAUGCAUUGGGACCUACUGGCAGAUCUCUUUGCAAUAGAUUAGCACAGAGAUUUCUGACACCCAGCAGCAAGAUUACUUUCCCACUGACAUGUAGGCUGGUGAGAGGCAGUGAGCAAGAGUGGAAUUUUCUUCCAUAAGGACUGUGAGUUCAGCUCCGUUGUGGAACGGAGAACAAAUUCCUAGGCUCAGAAUCUGCUCACUUGUCUCAGGAAUCUGCAGAGUAGAUCCAGCAAGUCUGAAAUCUGUCUGCUCCUUCCUCUUGAUCUUACGUUGACGAUUUGGGCGUUAUGUUUUCACCCCUUGAUUCCUACACAUCUCUAGCACCAGUGUGUUGAGUCACUUAACAAUUCCUGUACAAAACCACCCAAUCUUUCUUUCUUUUUUACAGCAGUGUUGAUUUUAUCCACAUUUUUAUCCCGCAGGGGUAACCGUUAGCCAAAUAGACGAAGAGACCUUUUCUGUAUUUGCUCCAACGCCGUCCGCUAUGCAUGAAGCACGAGAAUUUAUUACCGAAAUCUGCAAAGAUGAUGUAAGUGCAUAUUUUAAGGACUUUGAUAUAUUGUGCAUAUGCUUCGUGUAUCAAGAUCCAUCUCUUAAUAUAGGUACGGCUGCUUUUCCUGCUGCCUUAAGCCUAUUAGAUAGGGUGUGCUAAAACAUAUAACUAAGAUAUGAUGGCCACAAUCCAUAGAGCUAUUAGAAAGGGCUUGUUGGUGCCCAGUGCGAACUUUGCAUUUUUCAUCGAGCAGCAGGUCCUGUGCCGAAUCACACACACAAAUUCCAGACUCCUUGGUUUUGCGGAACUAGUCAUUCAUCUCUUUCUGGUUUCUUUCUUGUAGCAGGACUAUCAGUUGGAAUUUGGAGCUAUUUAUACAGCCACAAUAACAGAACUGAGGUAAGAGAAGCUCAUCAGGUUAUAAUGACUAAUGAUCCACUAAGCUCACUGGGUGAUAUUAGGCUAGUCAUUGCCUCUUAGUCCAGCCUACCUCACAGGGUUGUUUUGAGGAUUAAACAUGGAGGAAGGAGAACAAUGUACAUUACCUUAAGCGUGUGUGUUUUAUAUAAGCAACUAUUCCGUUGCUUAGCUUGAGUAUAUAAUGUAUAUUUUAUGUAUGCCUACAAACAUCAUGAACACAAAUCUGAAAAUGGUGGUGAAUACUAAUAUUUUUUUUCUUCAUUUGAAGGAUUACCGUAUUUUUCCGUGUAUUAGAUGCCCCCAUGUAUAAGACGCCUCCUAUUUUGGGGGACUCCAAAUUAAGAAAACAACCCUCAGCACUACCUGUGUAUAAGAUGAGACCCAAUUUUAAACCUAAUUUUUUGGUAAAAAAAACCCUAGUCUUAUACACGGGAAAAUACGGUAUGUUUAAAAAUAGGUCAUUUUAAAGUUAAAUACAAGUGCAGUGAUUUGUAAACGUCUCGAUGCAGCUUCUGUUUAGUCUGAUACCUCCCUCAUCUCCUAACUGACCUGAUUCUGCACACUAUCCAGCCGUUUAAUUAUAUUUUUAGGAAGUGAAUCUGGAAUUGCACAACUGCUAUUGCCCAUAUAUAAAGGCAGUUGUGUGCAACAGACAUGAGGGAGUACAUCAUUCCACAACUCCCUCCCAGACCCUUAAAUCAGUAUACAGAUGACACCCAGCUCCACCUCUCAUUUAAAUCAGAACCAGUGAAGGCAGUGAAUGUCCUGUGUAAGUGCCUGGAGGCGGUUGGAGGAUGGAUAGCAGCUAACAGAUUGAGGUAGAAUCCUGACAAGACAGAAGUACUGUUUUGGGAGGACAGGGCACAGGCAGGUGUGGGGGACUCCCUGAUCCUGAAUGGGGUAACUGUGCCCUUGAAGGACCAGGUGCGCAGCCUGGGAGUCAUUUUGGACUCACAGCUGUCCAUGGAGGCGCAGGUUAAUUCUGUGUCCAGGGCAGCUGUUUAUCAGCUCCAUCUGGUAUGCAGGCUGAGACCCACCUGCCUGCAGACUGUCUCUCCAGAGUGGUGCAUGCUCUAGUUAUCUCCUGCUUGGACUACUGCAAUGCACUCUGUGUGGGGCUACGUUUGAAGGUGACCCAGAAACUGCAAUUAAUCCAGAAUGCGGCAGCUAGACUGGUGACUCGUGGCCGCCGGGACCAUAUAACACCAGUCUUGAGAGAUCUGCAUUGGCUCCCAGUACAUUUCCGAGCACAAUUCAAAGUGUUGUUGCUGACCUUUAAAACCCUAAACGGCCUUGGUCCUGUAUACCUGAAGGAGCGUCUCCACUCUCAACGUUCAGCACUGAGAUCCAGCGCUGAGGGCCUUCUGGCAGUUCCCUCAUUGCGAGAAGUGAGGUUACAGGGAACCAGACAGAGGGCCUUCUUGGUAGUGGCGCCCGCCCUGUGGAACACCCUCCUAUCAGAUGCCAAGGAAAUAAGCAACUAUCCUAUUUUUAAAAGACAUCUGAAGACAGCCCUAUUUAGGGAAGUUUUUAAUAUUUAAUGCUGUAUUGUUUUAAUCCUCGAUUGGGAGCCGUCCAGAGUGGCUGAGGAAACUCGGCCAGAUGCGGGGUAUAAAUAAUAAAUAAUAAAUUAUUAUUAUUAUUAUAUGUGAUUUAAUGCUGACCCCCUACCCAUGUUCUCACCAGCCUUACUACAUAAGAAUGGAGAUCAAGAUGUCCACAAAAAUCUAUUGAGAUAAGGACUGCAAAGCAUUUUUUUGUGUGCACUUCAGAAAAGGUUAGAGAAUAAGUAAAGAAAACAAGCCUGCAAAAAAUAAGGUGGUUCUUUUAUCCUGCCAAGAAUAGACGAAUGUGUGGAACAGGCUUAGCUUCAUCUAAGUAAGGAUAUAUUGUGCAACACAAGCCCUCUUAUCACAUUCUGUUGACGUAAAGCAAGUUCUACUCUUCUCCUUUUUUUAAUGCAGAGAUAUUGGGGUGAUGGUAAAAUUGUACCCAAACAUGACUCCCGUUCUACUUCACAACUCUCAGCUGGAUCAAAGAAAGGUAUUUAUUUUUCCUUCAGUAGUGGCUGAGUUGUGCUUUUGCUAUUUCCCGUGCCAUUACUGUGGAGAUGUGGUGCUCAGGAAGCUAUGCUAGUAGGUCAAGAAGUCUGCCUUUUGGCCAUGCUUAUCAGAAGAGUCAUUUGAGGCAGGAGCAACCUAACUAGUAAGUGUACAGCCAAUAUCCCGCCAUGACCACCUGCUGAUGCAGUGGAACUUCUCAUUUCUUUUCUUUCCACCACCAUCCCAGACUCCGCCCCCCUGCCCCAAAUCUGCUCCAAAUGGUCCUCUAGAGUGCGUGAGGAGCUGCAGAGGGGAGGAGAUGAUGGAGAAGCCCAGUUGUGUGAGGGGACACCUGCAUGUACUAUCUUCCAUCUCACCCAUUAUCUUUAAGCUUUGGCCCCACUGAUGUUGUGCAAUUACUGUCACAUGAAUGGGUCGUUCUGACCAUGGUGGCCACUUAGAGAAUUUUGCAGUAACAUGUUAACACCAAGCAAAUGGAAGAUGGAAAGGUACAAGAAGAACAAUUCAUGCCCCAGGAGAGUAGGAUUUUCCGGCAAAUAAUUGGCUAAAAAUAAUGAUAUUGACCCUCUGUUCUAGAUUAAACAUCCCAGCGCUCUUGGAUUAGAAGUUGGCCAAGAAAUCCAGGUAAACUUUAAACCAAUAUAUGAAAAUCCUCUAGGUGUUUUUCAGUUGUCUUAAGAAGGUUAAUGUGUAUGUAAACUCAAUGGACACCAUCCGUAAACUGUUUCUUUUGCGCAGCUAGCAUUUCAUUAGGUUACAGUGGUACCUCAGGUUACAGACGCUUCAGGUUACAGACUCCGCUAACCCAGAAGUAGUGCCUCGGGUUGAGAACUUUGCUUCAGGAUGAGAACAGAAAUCGUGCUCCAGCGGCACAGCAGCAGUGGGAGGCCCCAUUAGCUAAAGUGGUACCUCAAGUUAAGAACAGUUUCAGGUUAAGAACAGUCCUCCAGAACGAAUUAAGUUCUUAACCAGGGGUACCACUGUACGUAAUAGAUCUCUGCUAUGCUAUAUGAUUUCUGCUGUUCAUAUACUGUCCUAAUAAUGCACCUGUGGGAUUGUUUGGGAUGAGAGUGUGUGCCUGUUCAGGUGUCCACAAAUCCUCUUGCCAGGGAUAAAUUCUCCUGGCUCUCUGGCAUGUAAAGCACUGAAGCACAGAUUCCCCUCCCCAGAGCUCCCAUUUGCACUCCGCUUCAGAUAAGGUGAGAAAACAGCAGGGAUCUCUUCCCAGAAGUGGGACAAAUGUUCUUGUUCUCCAUACAUUAGUGCAAAUUAGAGAAGACGCCUCCCUUCCGUUCUCCUAACUCUUCUGCGCUUGCCAGAGGAUUCAGAGGAGUGAAGUGGGUCACUGGUGACUAUAAAUAGUAGCUGGCUAGUAAACUGACUCAAUAUUGGGGGGAAUCCUGUGGUGAAUUUUCUCUUUUCAUUUUUCAUACUCCUCUGGAUUGACAGUAGGGCUGUCCUUCUGCAUUCCCACUUGGGACAGGGUCUGCCUGAGGUGGGAGGCCUGUUUCUGAGAUGCACCCUUUCCAACCGCGAGAGGGCCUUGUCCUUAUUAAAUGAGCCUCCGCACGUAGAAAACUGGUCUGUUGGGGGAGAAUCAAAGAGUUGGAAGGGACCAUGAGGAUCAUCUGGUCCAACCCAAAAAGCUAGAACUGUGCUCAGUGUGUUUGUAUGUAGGAACAUCCUGUUAGGUGAAGCCCCACUUGAAAGCAGGACUACAGGAAAAGGGGGGUUGAUAGGUAUAUAUUCUUGUCUCAUACAAUCCCACAGGUCCAUAUACAUACCGUAUGUACAAGACGACUUUUUAUCCCUGGAAAAUCACCCCAAAAGUCGGGGGUCAUCUUAUACGCAGGGUAUACGCGUUGGGAAGGGACGCAGGUGGCGCUGUGGGUUAAACCACAAAGCCUAGGACUUGCCAAUCAGAAGGUCGGCGGUUCAAAUCCCCGCGACGGAGUGAGCUCCCAUUGCUCGGUCCCUGCUCCUGCCAACCUAGCAGUUCGAAAGCACGUCCAAGUGCAAGUAGAUAAAUAGGUACCGCUCCGGCAGGGAGGUAAACGGCAUUUCCAUGCACUGCUCUGGUUUGCCAGAAAUGGCUUAGUCAUGCUGGCCACAUGACCUGGAAGCUGUACGCCGGCUCCCUCGGCCAAUAAAGCGAGAUGAGUUCCACAACCCCAGAGUCGGCCACAACUGGACCUAAUGGUCAGGGGUCCCUUUACCUUUACCUUAUACGUGUUGGGAAGGAGGAGAGGGAGCCGGUGAGCAGAGGCGCCCCUUCUCCCGUCGCUCCUCCUCCCUCCCCACAGAAGGGGAGGCGGAAAGUCCUUACGAGUGCGGCGCUCACCUGCCCAUCCACCAAACGCUUCGCCUCGGGCUGCUGCGACGGCAGAGGCAGUGGAGGGGUGUGUGCUCUGCCCCUUCUGCCGUCGCUCCUCCUCCCUCCCCACAGAAGGAGACACGGAAAGUCCUUCCGAGCGGGGAACUUACUCGCCCACCCGCCAAACCCCUCACCUCGGGCUGCUGCUGCUGCAACGGCAGAGGCAGCGGAGGAGUACACGCUCUGCCCCUGGUGGCUCUCAAACUCUAUAACCCUAAAACUCUAAAAUUGAGCAGCAAAAGUUGGGGGUUGUCUUAUACGCCCAGUCACCUAAUACGCCGGAAUCUACGGUACAUCGCAAAGGCUCGGUUUGGACAUCAUGCUCAACCAAAGUGUGGCAUAGUGUGAAUGAGCAAAGGUGUAGGCUCUUGGAUUGAAGACUCUAGCUGCUUAGCUCCUCCUGGUUGUUUUGCUGUAAGCCAUGGUUUGGCUUAAUGUGUUGUCUGAACCCAGGCUCUUUGCACACAAACCAAAGGUUGUAACCAAGGUUUGUAAUGUGGUUCAAAGCUCAGGGUGAACGAGGCCAAAGUCAAUGCUCUCCAUGGUCCAAAACAGAAAUUAACAAAAAUGGGACCACAAGGCCUUUAUGCACUUGUGAUGGUACACCCACAAAAGUCUUCCUGCACAAGGUAUUCCUGGUUUUCUGAAAUUACUUAGUGCAUCAGUAGGGAAUCCUCAAAUGUUAUUAGUAGAAAAGAAAGGGAAGCCUUUUCACUAUUGAGGCUUUCAGUCAUACCCAAGAUGUCCUAUUUCUAAAAUCACUUGAGUACCUCUUAUGGGUUAUUAUUAAUACUGUCUGCCUAUAUUGUACAAGCAAAUAGUUAAAAAUAGGAUUUUAAAAAAACAAUUAAGGUGUUUUAACUUUUAUACUGAAGUGUCAAAUCCCCUUACAAUCAAUCCCAUUUCUUCCCAAUGAACAGGUGAAAUAUUUUGGGCGUGAUCCUACUGACGGCAGAAUGAGGCUUUCGAGGAAAGUGCUUCAGUCUCCAGCUACAACAGUUGUUAAAACACUGAGUGACAAAAGCAAUAUAGUCGUGGGAGGUGCCAUUCCAGAGCCUGCUAGUUCAACAUCGUAGCAACUUUUAUUCGGAAUUGUAGAAAUCUUUCUGGACUUACCAAUGCUGUGACCCUCUGACAAGAGACUAAAUUGUUGUGAAGUGACAGCUUCUUAUCAUGCAGGUUUGUAUACCACACAGAGAAAUAUUUUAAAUUUUGUAUAAAGAUCAGUGGAUAUCAGUUCACGUUUUCUGUCGUUUGAUUCUUUUUCUUUUCCCCUCGUAGAUUUUUUUUCCUUUUGAAAAACAUGCCCAUAGCAACACCUCUAUAAAUUAUGUAAAACUUGAAACAACACUUCCAAGUAGCUGGACUGUUUCCAGACAAUAAGAAAAGAAAACUGCCUUCUGCUUAACACCUUUUGUUGCUCAAGAGGUGUGUUGAAGAUACUUGUGUGUGUGCGCACACAGCUCUCUUCUGUAUAUUGUUCGGCUUGCAAGAAUGUCUUUAAAAAAUCCAAACAGCUCAUUCUCUCGCAUAACAGAAAAUGACCUCCGUGAUCUAUUUAACUCUGCGGUAGGCUUUGCUUUGAAACCCUUUCAAUACAAUUUUAUGUGCCUCUUUCCCAUUAGAAACUAGUGACGAUGGGACUGACUGCUAUAAAAUGGAGCAAACUGUGCAACACAACUUUGCGGGCGAACAUUUUAGCAAAUGCAUAUUUAUAACUGAACAAGAGCAAUCUGGCAAAAUUAGUUCGACUUUGAAGAAUGGCAGGCUGAUCCCAUUAUGAACAUUUUUUAAAAGACAUUUUCAGGAGAGCUCAUCCAAGACAGUGUGGCUUUUUUGUCUUUUGGUCAUGCUGAAUGUGUAACAUUCAUAUAUUUCACACUGGAAUCAGGUCCUCAAGCUACCAUUUGAGAGAUACAGGUGGUUAGGCAGGAAAAACCUUUGGGAUGUGUAAAGACUGGUGGAGAGAGGGUGGCCUGUGGGCUGCCAACGUCUGUUCAGGAAAAACAAGAUGAAAACUGAAAUGGAUGCCUUAAAUUGCAAAUCUGAUAAAUUUAUUGAAGCUCUGGAAGCAUUGCUGCAAAUCUCUUGUGGUGUUAUAUUAGAAAUGGUGAGCCUGCCAUUGUGUACAAUAGCACAAGAGGGAAAGUAGGCAGAACAUCCUUUUCCUCUUGGCCUCAGAAUAAAAAAGACACACUAAUUGUACAUAUAGGGAUGCACAUUGUUAAAUGUGACAAUCUACCUUCCUGGGGGGACAUGUAAGUGUGAAGAACAACACAGGAUGAGCAAAACGAAACUGUCUCUAACCAGAAAGGAACCUUGCAAGAUGUAUGGGUUUACUAUGUUAUUUUCAUAAAAUGCUAAGCUCCCAAGUGUGUUGUACUUUGAAAUUAUUGUUGCAUAUUGGGAGCUGCACUUCCCAGUAGAAGCCAUAACCUAAAUGUCAAAAUGAACCAACAGCCCAAAGAAAUAUUGGGUGCUCUCCAGUGUUAAAACCAUACUGAGAGUGCAGCUGUUGGCAUCCGUCUGUCUUGAGAGCCAAUGGAGUGUGCCUCUGGAGGUGAAGUAAAGCCGUUGCAUUAACAGCAGUGCUGUGACCUCCCUGGGGCGCGAGGCUGCCAAGAUGACAAGACCCCCUUUCAGCCUCAUGGAUAUAGUCCAAAGGAAAGCAGAGCAAUCAAUUUGGCACCAGCUUGGCUGCCUGAGUUGCAAGGUGUACAAGGUGCCUUCCAGGUGUUUCGGAUCUCCUCUCCGGAUUUCUGUAGGGUUUAUUCCUCAGCCUUUUUUUCUCCUGAAGAUAUCCUGCAAGGCAGCGGAGGUUUAGGAUCUGAGUUUUCCUUCUCCUAGGUGGGCUGCCUUCCCAGGUUGAUGAGCCCCAUCUGCCCCUCACUCCCCACUACGGCAAGCGUGCAGAAACUGCCUUCUUGACCACUGGACCCACUCUUGGUCUCAUCCACGAGAGCAUGUUUUCACAUGCUGCUGUUGUUGUUUAGUCGUGUCCGACUCUUCGUGACCCCAUGGACGCCAGGCACUCCUGUCUUCCACUGCCUCCCACAGUUUGGUCAAACUCAUGCUGGUAGCUUCGAGAACACUUUCCCACCAUCUCGUCCUCUGUCGUCCCCUUCUCCUUGUGCCCUCCAUCUUUCCCAACAUCAGGGUCUUUUCCAGGGAGUCUUCUCAUGAGGUGGCCAAUGUAUUGGAGCCUCAGCUUCACGAUCUGUCCUUCCACGAUCUGUCCUAUGGGAAAACCAUAGCUUUAACUAUACGGACCUUUGUUGGCAAGGUGAUGUCUCUGCUUUUUAAGAUGAUGUCUAGGUGAGCCCCUAUCUCACUGAGGUUUUGAGACACAUCAACUACUCUCCCCUGGUUUAGCCAGCUAGUCAAAGCCAUUCCCAGGCUGUGGCCGCUGUCACAUGCUGACUGCUUCUAGGAGCCACAAGUGAGAGCUGAACGCAGGGUGGGGACCAAAGGUGAAUGUUUUUCCUAUCAAAUACAUCUAGGCACAGACAGAGAGCAAAUUCUAGAGGGAAUCACUGUGAAGCAUCUUUUGUUUGCUGCUGCCAGAGAAGUCUAUUUAGCCUCUUCAUUUAGCCCAGUGUUGACUGUUAAGGAGAGCCCAGCUUGAUCAGACCAAAGCCUCAUCAAAUCCUGUACUCAGGAGCAGGACAUGAGCACAACAGCAAUUUCCUUAUGGCAGCAGUGGGGCCCAGAGCAAAGGUGUGUGAUGGGAGGGUGUCCCAAAGGGUAAAUGUAAAGGGACCCCUGACCAUUAGGUCCAGUCGUGGCCGAUUCUGGGGCUGCGGCACUCAUCUCGCUUUAUUGGCCGAGGGAGCCGGCGUACAGCUUCCGGGUCAUGUGGCCAGCAUGACUAAGCCGCUUCUGGCAAACCAGAGCAGCGCAUGGAAACACUGUUUACCUUCCCACCGGAGCAGUACCUGUUUACCGUAUUUUUUGCUCUAUAAGACUCACUUUUUCCCUCCUAAAAAGUAAGGGGAAAUGUGUGUACGUCUUAUGGAGCGAAUGCAGGCUGCACAGC